AUGUUUCCGAAGAUUCGUAUUCAAAAUGUGAAUACAUUAUUUUUGCGUAAUGUUUGCAAAGGACCAAGUAUCAUGCACAAUGGUCGACAGAGUCAGAAACUAUGUAAAUAUCCGUGUCCCGGUUUAUUACGUGAUGAUAGUAGUUCUGUGAAAUAUAGUGGUCGCAUGAAUAAUAUUACAUGUGGUGGUGUUGAAACUUAUUCAGUGUAUAUUGAACAAUCAUAUCACUUAAAACACGGUCACUUGUUACACUAUCAAAUAGAAUUUAGUUCAUGUCAAAAAUGGCAAACAAUUGGAGGUUACGAAAUGAGUAUUAUCGAUAUACCAAAAUCCGGUAGUGAUUUAAAUACUGUCGAACGCUGUGCUGCUCUGUGUCUUGAUCAAAAUGCUACAACAAAGUAUUUGGCAUUCAAUAGUGAUGAUAAAUGUAUAUGCAUCCUAGGAACAAAAACACUCAUAUUACUACAAAAUCGUGCUUUGUACGUUAGCACACUACCAAAUUCAACAUGUGAUCGAUAUUGUAAUGAUUCGUCACCAGUACAAACAUAUAGGUGCGGUUCAAAGAAGGAUCCAAAAAUAUUUGCUGUUUAUCUUUUGAAUGGAUCAUGUCCAGAAACAACAAUAUUCAUGUCAGAAUUAGGAAAAUGUGUAACAAAGCAAUAUUCAGGUUAUUAUUCAGGACCAACAACAUGCUCGCCUCCCAUGAAAGAAUUUGUUUACGACGGUUCAAUUGCUUGGUCAGCAUAUUUGAGACUACUCAAGAAAUUAGAACUACAUGACGAGCGAGUUUUAAUUGAAUUUGCUGAUCAUAUUACUCCAAAUAAUUCAUGGCAAUGUGGAUUAACAACAACUACAAUUGCUUCGACUACAGGUGAUGAUGAUAGUCCUCGACCCAUUUAUAGAAUACAACGUCCUAUGUGGAGUCAGUUUAGAACAUCAGCAGAACAAAAGCGUUACUUAGUGUACAAUAGUUGUUUAAGAGAUAGUGAAUCGUUAAGUUAUUAUUAUUCUCGAUCGGGUUAUCGUGUAUGCAUCAUGGAACCUGUUGAAAAAUUUUCUUCAUCGUCUGGCUCAGAUAAUAAUAACUCAUCGUAUAUUAUCUCGAUUAGUCAAUUAAAUACUAUCUGUCCACACGGUUGGUUAGAUAUUAAUCAUCGAUGUUUUAGAAUGACAAAACAAAGAAAGAGCAUGGCAUCAGCUAAAAAUGUUUGCAUUUCAAAUCAAGAUGAAGAUAAAGUAAUAACGUUAAUGGGAAUUGUAGAUGACGUACAAAGAAAAACUGAAAAUGAGAGAAAUGCUGGCAGGCCCUUAGAGUACCAAACAGAAUGGGAAGCUAAAAUUGGUUUUUAUUUAUUAGAUAAACAAUUAAUACAAGAUAAAAAAGAUAGCAAUGACGAUAACACAAAUGCUAAUGAAGACGCAACAUUAGCACCUUUCGACUACGAUUAUCCAAUAUCUGGUGCUGCAUCGUCUAGUACACAAUCAUCAUCAAGCGCUUCUUUAUAUCCCGUCUUGGAAUAUUAUGUGUCAGAUAUAAAUGAUAAUAAUUCUUCCUUGGUCAGUGAUAACAAAUGUAUGCUAGUAUCACGAAUGAGUGAAGGUGAUAUACAAUUACCAAAGAUAACUGUUGCACAGUUAACACUUCCUCUCUCAACUCAACGCUCAGAUUGUACUGAACCAAGACAUGUUUUAUGUGAAACAUCACCAGUGUUUGUUGAACGUGGUAUUUAUGAAUGUUAUCAAAAACCAUUAGUCAUGGAUUUACCAGCAUUAAUCACAAAUCAGAUGACACAUGAACGAUGUCUUACAACAUGCCAAGAACUACAAACAAAAUUGGCUAUUAUUAGUAAGAAUAUGUGCUAUUGUCAAACAAAUGACUGGGCAGCAACAGUAAAUGUAACCAGAGAUUUUCAAAGAUACAAGGCAAAAUCAUGCGGGAAUGCGUGUUCAGGGAAUCCACAUGAAAAAUGUGCUGAACCGUAUCCUAAUUUUGUUUAUGAUAGUUGUAUGUUACUCAAUCAACGUUUGAUAUCCUCUAUAACCAUACAAUUUCGUCUUCAAGAACAUGUGUCUCCUCGACAUUGUUUAGCUUUGUGUGUAGCUUCAAAACAAAAAUAUUCUUACAUACAAAAUCGAACAUGUCUGUGUACAGAUAAUGAUUUAAAACAAGAACAACAAUCAGAUGAUGCUGAAGACAUUAUGUUAAAAGGGCAAAAUUGUUCGAUACCAUGUGAUGGAAAUUACUUAUACUCAUGUGGUGGUGAGAAGAACAUUUAUUCAAUGUACAUGAUGCAACCAAAGUGUAAUCACGGUUACGAAGUAGGUGAGAACGAUGUUCAAUGUGUUUACAGCCAUUUUUCAUCUAAAACAAGCUCAUAUGAACAAGCAGUUAGUUAUUGUUCAUCUCAUGGUGCUAAAUUAGCAGCAGUAAAUGAUAUUGUUGAAAUCCAAGAUAUACUACCAGAUAGUAUAUUACAUACACGUUUAAUGAAUUAUAUUCUCCUUUACAAGAGAUUUAGACAUAUUAAUGAUACACGCUACUUCUGGUUAGAUCGUACACAAGAGCUGCCAAAAAAUAAUUCUAUUUCAGACCGUAUUCUCAAACAAUGUAGUGGAACGAAUUCAACUGCGAUUAAUCUCAGUCAACAUUGUAUUGUUGUUAAAUUUGAAACUGCUAAUGAUGGUGGAUCAGUAAGAUGUAUUGACGAGUCGUCACAAUGUGAGGAGAUGUCAGCCAUGCCUGUUUGUAUUCAAGCAGAAGAAGACACCACAUUAAGCACCAAUACAGAUACUAGUAGUGAUAAAUACACUGUAGAGAGUGAAUUACAUUGCGACAACGACCAAUAUCAUUAUGUGGGUGACUAUUGUUAUUCAAUUGACUUGCAUGAAGUUUCGUGGGCAGAUGCUGUCAAACAAUGUGAACAACAGGAAGCAAGCUUAUUCGUCCCGGAUAAAUCAGUACAAAUGCAAUUGAUUAAACUUUUAUUAACAAUGAAAAAGACGUACUCAUCAAAUGGUUUUGCUCAUGUAGGCGUCUAUUAUGAUCCAAAACAACAAACCGUUAAUCAGUUCUCAUCCAAGAACGAUGAGAAAAUCAUUAUACCCGACUCGAACGCCAUCUAUGAUGUAUGUGAUGAAACAUUUCGUGAAAAAUAUGAAAGUUUAAAUAAAACGACGUUGACACCUGUACCGCGUGCAGCAGAUAUAACAGGAUGUGGCUAUUUGGAAUAUGAUGCAUACGGAACACCACUAAUUAGAUGCGAUGAUCUCAUGUGUCAAAAACAAGCAGUAGUUAUCUGUCAAAAAUCACCAACAACGAUUGCAUCAGAUAUCAAAGUUGAACGGUAG